GAGGAAAAGUAAGAUAUAUAUAAAAGAAGAGUCUCCAUUGAUUCAGAGUUCAGACUGACUUUGUUAGACAUUCUCCAUUCUAUUCUCUUCUUUGCUCUCUCAACCUUUAUCCCUAAUUAUAUGAAUGGGCUCUCUGCUGGUACCGUUUUUCUUCUUUACUUUCUUCUCACUGCAUUCAAUUUCACCAUUGCAGGUUAGUGCUUCUGCAAACUCAACGAGGCACCAUCACAAGUGGGUUGGACCCACCGGCCGCCGUGUGAUCACCGUCGACUCCCGAGGUUGCGGCGACUUCCUGUCCGUCCAAGCUGCCGUUGAGUCCGUCCCGGAAAACAACAAGGAGAAAGUCAUUAUACAGAUCAAAGCCGGGAUCUACAUAGAGAAGGUUGUGGUACCGGCGACGAAGCUGUUCAUCACGUUUCAAGGGGAAGGGAGGGAAGUGACAGUGAUCGAAUGGCAUGAUAGAGCGGCAGACCGGGGACCAAACGGUCAACAGCUACGCACUUACAAAACAGCUUCUGUUACUGUUUUCGCUAAUUACUUCUCUGCUAAAAACAUCAGUUUCAAGAAUACAGCACCGGCACCGAUGCCGGGGAUGGAAGGAUGGCAAGCGGCAGCAUUUCGUAUAUCGGGUGACAAGUCUUACUUCUCUGGUUGCGGUUUCUACGGAGCGCAAGAUACGCUCUGCGACGACGCUGGACGCCAUUACUUCAAGGAGUGCUACAUCGAAGGCUCUAUCGACUUCAUCUUCGGCAACGGUCGGUCCAUGUACAAGGAUUGCGAGCUACAUUCGAUCGCAACAAGAUUCGGAUCGAUAGCAGCACAAGACAGGAAAAGUGCAGAAGAGAGAACAGGGUUCGCCUUCCUCAACUGUAAGGUGACGGGUUCGGGUCCCCUCUACGUGGGGCGUGCAAUGGGCCAGUAUUCCAGGAUCGUUUUCUCUUAUACAUACUUCGCCGAUGUGGUGGCGCCAGGUGGCUGGGAUGACUGGGAUCACACCAGCAACAAAAACAAGACGGUGUUCUUCGGGGUGUACAAAUGCUGGGGGCCGGGAGCUGAGGCGGUGCGUGGAGUGUCUUGGGCUCGGGAGCUGGACUACAACACAGCGCAUCCUUUUCUUGCCAAGAGCUUCGUCAACGGGAGGCACUGGAUUCCACCUGGCGAUGCUUAGCCAGUUAGCUUGGCAAGGCCGACUCACAUUCUUUUUUAUUACUUUGGUAUUCAUUUUAAUGUUAUUCACCUGUAUUUCUUAUUCAUUUAGUACCUAUAAUAUACAUAUUCAAUACAAUGCUUCUGCUAUUGCUUUUGCCAA